GGUCGCUUCUGACGCGGCAGCUGACCAACAUGACUGGUACGUACAGACACACACAAAGGGAGAGAGAGGGCAUGAAGGACAGACAGCUCAGCUUGUGGGGGCUGUCGUGAGUGUCAAUCAGUACUGUAAGCCACCUGUGUGGCGGCAUUCUGUGGGCCUUGUGGUCAAACGGCGGUCACGACGAGACGGUGCCGAGCCCCGCCAGAGGGUCGAUGUCGACCUCAUGGCCGCGCUGUGCGAUGCCGGGGGUCAUCUGGGGCCACAGCUUCGCCGGCUGCUGGAAGGGGGAGGGGGCCACGUUGGCCGGACUGUGCAUUGGGAGGGGCCCUGGCACUACAUGUACGGGGGCGGGGCGGGGGUGUGGGUGGCGGUGAGGGAGGGGAGAGACGCCGGCAGCGCUGUGCUGCUGGACCUGGACCGGGGCGGCUUGGGGGGGGGCCUGAUGACAACACACAGACAGCCACACAGACACCGAAUGACUGCAUCAAUCACAGUAAGUGCCUGCCGAUCCCUCCUGCCCUGCAGACAUGGUGCGGGUAUGUGUACCUGGCGCUGCUGCGGCUGCUGCUUGGCGCGCAGCUCCUCCAGCUGAGUGCGCAGCUGCUGCGCCUCUCUCUCGGCAGCCUGCUGCACAAGACAGAGAAGGCAUCAAACACAAGGAUACACACACAUCCACUGAUCAGCGUGUGUGUGGAUGUCAGAAGUCCCGGAUAGGGCUGACCAGCCGUGUGCGCUGCUCCACAAAUAUGGGCCCGGCCCUCCGCCAGGACUCCUCAGCCUUCAGCAACUUCCCUACAAGGAAAGCAUACAGAGGCACAUGAGUGAUGACCCCUUCCAUCACAUCAUCGUGGCGGCGUACCGCCCAGGUAGUGGUGGUUCUCAAUGAGUUCGAGCAGGUCCACCUCAAGCUGCCGGCGGGUCAUGCGGCUGAGCACUGCAGUCAGUCAUCACAGAAACCAAGAGAGGACACACAAUGACGGAGAAGAAACGAGCAUGCAGUGAGAACGGCCUUUCGGCGCCCCGCCCUCUCUCUUGCCCCGUCUGUCUGUCUGUCUGUCUGUCUGUCUGUGUACUGGCUGGCUGCAUGGCUAUCCAUGUGUCCUCCUGACGCUGACGGAGACGUGCCAGCCUCUCGUGCUUCGCCUUCGGCCACUGCCCGAACUUGCACGCUUCGAUGAACAGGUCGGGCCGCUGGGUCUCCAUGGCUGCUGCUGCUGCUCACUGCUCAGCGACGGCCCAAGGUGACCUCAGGGGCGCGGUAUUGUCUGGUGUUGACGACGAGAGAAUCACACUCCUCCUCAAACCUUGCCCCUCCGAAAUCUAUGACUGAGACACAAAACGGGCAUCACGAGUG